AUGCCUAUUGUGUACGCGCUAGUGUCGCGCGAGAAGACGGUACUGGCCGAGUAUACGGCUACCUCUGGUAACUUUCCAACUGUCACACGAGUGCUUCUAGCUAAAAUCCCAAACACGGCUGGACGCAUGUCUUAUGUGUACGAUCGCCAUAUUUUCCACUACAUUGUGGAAGGCGGUGUGACGUAUUUGUGCAUGGCGGAUGACGAUCUCAAGCGGCGCGUUCCUUUUCUUUUCUUAGAAGACAUGAAAAAUCGUUUUCAAGCCACAUACGGCCAGCAUGCGCUUACAGCUAUCGCAUUUGCUAUGAAUGACCAAUUUCAGCAUGAGAUCCACCGCCUGCUUGACUACUAUAACGCUAAUCCCGACGCGGAUUCUCUUUCGAAGGUCAAGCAGCAGAUUGACGACGUAAAAGAUAUUAUGGUGGAGAAUAUUGACAAGGUACUGGAACGGGGUGAAAAGUUUGAACUGCUUGUGGACCGCACGGACAAACUCAAUCGCCAGUCAGUAAAAUUUGAGCGUUCGUCCACAAACCUGUACAAGACCAUGUGGAGACGCAACUUGAAGCUUUGGCUUAUGCUUGUCAUAUUUGGGCUAUUUGUUAUCUAUCUUAUCAUCGCCAUGGCCUGUGGCUUUGAUUUUAGUGGUUGUUCUGGUAAACAUGAAGCGAGCGAUAGUAUCUAA